AUGUUUAAGAGAAAGCCAAGUUUAUCAGCUCCACCGCCACCACUCUCAUUCUCCGACAUCCUUAGUGACCUUUCAAGCUUACAAAGUUACCAUGACAAUAAAAAUGGCGAGAAAUUCGUGGAUAUUUUGGAAAUUGUGAGUGAGAAUAAACAGAAUAAUAUUAACAGUAAUGGUGAUAAUGAUGCUGGUAGUACUGCUAAUUCGAGAGAUGACUCUGGUGACUCCUCUUCGUACACGACUUCUAACUCUAACAACCCAAGUAUCGUCUCUACAACUCAAAAUUCCACAUCAUCAUCCUCCUCCUCUUCUUCGAUUGUCGAACACCAACUUCUUGACACGACUUUUGACCAGUGCAGCGAGUUUAUUAGUACCAAUAACCAAUUAAUCGGGUCACAAGGGAAACUUUACGCGUUAGGAACAGAAAUUGAUUCGUUACGAAAUGAAUUGGAUGAAAUUGUCACGACUAUCGAACGUGAAAAUGUUGACGAAUCGAGUGUUGAAGGUAAUGCUCGUGAAGUCGAUGCUGGUGAGAUUUCCAAUAAACCAAUUGGGGAGUAA